AUGUCCUCCAAACUUGACGUGGCCUUGGGGAAUGAAACGGACAGACUAGCUUUACUUGCUUUGAAGGAUCAGCUUGUUGAUGUGUUCUCCUGGAAUUUUAAUUUCAUGGAAUGCCUCUCCACUUUUGUGACUGGCAAGGUAAUCAUUUGGAGGAAAUUAUACCCAAUGCUUAGAAUAUCAAACUUGAAAAUACUUGCUAUCGGCCGAAAUAACCUGUCUGGUACUAUUCCUUCUUCAAUUUACAAUCUUCCCUCCAUGGCAUAUGUUGACAUGGGUACAAAUAAAUUAUCUGGGAACCUUGCACCUGAAAUAGGUUUUGCAUUUCCAAAACUUGAAAUACUGUAUAUAGGAGAUAACCAAUUCACUGGAACAAUUCCAAGAUCAGUAACUAAUAUCCAUGGUCUGCAACAGUUUGACAUCCAAUCAAAUGGAUUCAGUGGAUCAGUUCCUGACAAUAUGGAAAACCUUCAGAAUCUUGAACUGUUUACCAUUGACUAUAACCACCUUGGAAUUGGGAAUGCGGGAGACCUGGAUUUUCUUUCUUCUUUAAGCAACUGCAGUCAGGUGAAACUUUUGGCCAUCCAUGAGAAUAGAUUAGGUAGGGUGUUACCAGAAUCUGUAGCUAAUUUAUCAACCCAGCUUGAUCUUCUUUACAUGGGAGGGAAUCGGAUUUCUGGAAGCGCUCGUGAAGGAAUUAGCAAUCUUGGUGGGAUUUCUGCAUUAAGAAUCUUGAACAUGUUAAUGCAGGGAAACUACUUUCUAGGUAGCAUUCCUCUAUCAUUUGGCUUUCUAAGAGGUCUUGAAAACUUGGAUCUCUCUGGCAACAAUUUUUCUGGCAAAAUACCGGUUGAUCUUCAAAAGCUUCCAUUUUUAGUGAGUUUAAACCUUUCCUUCAACCAAUUGGGAGGUGAAGUUCCACAAAAAGGGGUUUUCCAAAAUGUUAGCGAAUUUUCCGUUAUUGGGAACAAAGAGCCUUGUGGGGAGAUUCCUGAAAUAAAACUUCCAAAAUGCUUCAAUCAGGAAGCAAAGAAAAAGGGAAAUGUUUUGUCAACCAAAGUCAUUGUUAUUAUCAUCCUCGGUAUUCCACUUGCCUCAAUUCUGGGAAAAAAAUCCCUGUGGCUUUGCUUGCUUCCUGUUGGCUACUUUCGAGUAUCAUAUAAUGAACUUCUUCAAGCCACUAAUGAUUUUGCGUCCUCCAACUGCAUUUGGGGUGGCAGUUUUGGCUCUGUAUAUAUAGGAAUUCUUCACCGACACAAAAACCCCGUUGCAGUGAAAGUAUUGAACCUUAAAAUUCUUGGGGCUGGAAAGUGUUUCGCGGUUGAAUGUGAGGCUUUAAGCAAAAGUCAACAUCGGUAUCUUGUCAAGUUGAUAACUUCUUACUCAAGCAUUGGUUUCAAAGCUCUAGUUUUAGAAAUCGUGCUUAAUGGAAGUUUAGACAGCUGGCUGCAUGGUCAUCAAUAUGGCUUACGAUAUUUGAACUUUGAUCAAUCGUUGUUCAUAGCUAUAGAUGUGGCCAAUGCGUUGGAUUACCUUCACCACCAUUGUGAAACGCUAAUUGUUCAUCGUGAUCUAAAGCCGACCAAUGUUCUUAUAGAUGAUGACAUGGUUGCACAUGUCAGUGAUUUUGGGAUGGCUAAGCUCCUUUCUAGAGCUGCAUGUAAUAAUCUGGAUAGUGAGCAAGCAACUUCCUCAGUCAUCAAAGGAACAAUUGGUUAUCUCGGCCUCGGUUUGACUUUUAUGAGCGGCGGAUAUCAGGCUUAUGGAGGUGGUUUGCAAAUUGGAGAACCGAGGAGUCUGCGUUUUGAUGGAUCACAGCCUAUAGGUGGCAUCGGACCCAGAUUAUCUACAGCUUCAAGAGGCUUCAUUAGUAUAAAAAAUAGUAGCAAAGCGAUUGCAACUAAUUUGACAAUAAAGAACAAAGUUUUCAUUGUUGUGGAUUGUACAACUAAUGACGGGAAUUAG